AUCCGAUCCAUGUCUAUAAAACAAAAGGUUUUCUUAAGAAGUGAAGGCGAGCUCGCUGUCUUCCUCCUUCCCUUUCUUCUUCUUUCAAGUUUCAUUUACUGCUACGCUCGAUCGAGAAGAGGAGGUGGAGGAAUCGGAAUGGAAAAGAACACGCCGGUGAGGAAGUCGCACACUUCAACUUCCGACCUUCUUACGUGGUCGGAGACGCCUGCGCUGGCGGCCGAUCAAUCGGUGUCGGCUACCCGCCGUACCUUGAAGCCGGUGGGAGGGAUCAGCCCGGUGAUGUUCGGGGCGCAGUUGUCCUUAGAGGAGGCGGAGAGCGUGAACAUGAGGAGACCCUGUUCCAGCUCAAAAAUGCGAGAAAUGACUGGUAGUCGUAUAUUUGCAGCGGACAAUGAGAAUGAGGUGAUAGAAUCUAGUAAUGCCGUCCCAAAUCCUAAUAAUAAAACCAGUGUUCGAAUCUGUCAGCAAGCAGUUAAUGCAAUUAGCCAAAUCUCAUUUAACACCGAAGAGAAAGUUUCUCCAAAGAAGCCAACGUCAAUUUCUGAAGUUGCAAAGCAACGAGAGCUUAGUGGAACCGUUGAGAGUGAAUUAGAUGCUAAAGUCAAGAAGCAGCUCUCUGAAGCAAAGUCCAAAGAACUUAGUGGGAACGACAUCUUUGGUCCUCCUCCUGAGGUUCCAGCCAGGCCUUUAGCUGCAAGGAAUCUGGAGCUCAGAGGGAACUUGGAUUUCACCCUUCCGCAGCCUCGAAACAUGCAUACAUCAGUUAAAGUAUCGAACCCAGCUGGUGGUCCUAGUCAUAUCACAUUCAGUGAGGAAAGUGAUACCAAGACAACCAAGAAGAUACACACGCAAAAGUUUCAAGAGUUGACGGGCAAUGACAUAUUCAAAGAAGAUGCAGCCGCAGGUUCAACCGAGAAGACACUCAGCGAGGCAAAGCUGAAAGAGAUGAGCGGCAGUGACAUCUUCGCUGACGGAAAAGCUGCUUCACGAGACUACUUUGGUGGAGUCCGCAAGCCGCCUGGCGGUGAGAGCAGCAUUGCUCUGGUUUAACUAUAUUUCUAACCAUCCCCUUCUUUACCACAGUCUAGGAUUCUAUUCUGAAACUUAAUUAUCUGGAUGGAUGUCAUGUUUGUUGUUUGGAUUAUGAUUUAGUUGUAGUUUUUCACGGUCAAAGUUACUAGUUGUAGUUUUUAC